ACCAAGUCACUUUAUUAACACGACAAGAGAUUCAAAAUUUGUUUGAAGAAUUUCUUAAGAAUGUAAUAAGACCAGAAUCAGAUAUAUAUAGUAAAGAUGAGCAAACCCAAGACAGAGGUCGGUUAACUCAAGGCCAAUUAAAUAAAGAUCGAUCAAGAUCUCAAGACCGAUUGAGCCAGAGUCGAUCAAGAUCUCAAGACCGAUUGAGCCAGAGUCGAUCAAGAUCUCAAGACCGAUUGAGCUAG